AUGCUGGUGCCGGGGCGCCGGUGCCUGGAGGUGGAUGCAGAGCGUGGGCAGCGGUGGGUGCUGGCAGGGUCCCGGCGAGAUGCGAUGAGGGGAGGUGCGGAGCUGCGGGAUGCCGGGGAUGCGGGCCGCGGCCGAAGCCGCUCAUUAGCGGCGACAGAGGGACGGGUGCCCUCCCCGCGGAGGCGGGAGGGAGCGGAGCGCUACCGGCCCCGGUGGUGCGGGCACCGGCACCGGCAGCGGGAGCGCGGCUGCAGCCCGAGCCCGGCGGAGGGAUGGGGCAGCGGCGGGGCCCGGCCGUGCUGCUCCUCGCCCUGGCCCGGGCUGACUGGGCUCGGGUCGCCCCGUGUCCGCCGGGCUCGGGAAGAUCCCCACAACGCCGGGCACAGCCGGGGAGCGGCGGGGGCUCGAGGCCGUCCUGCGUGGAAGGGGCCGCUCGCCGAGCCGGGGCAGCCCCGGGCGGAGGUGGGCUCUGUCCCCAGGGGCUCACUUCGCCCCCCGGUGCUGGCAGGGCACCUGGCCGGGCUGCUGGCAGCGGGACCCGCCUGCGCCGACGCUUACCGGGGCCUCUCGGACUGCGUCCUCAAGCUAGGGGACAGCAUGGCCACGUAUGAGGAGGAGGAAGGCAUCGAGCUGCAGGGGCUGCGCCGAGUCUGCAGGUACUGGGAUGAAUUCCACACCUGUGCCCUGACAGUGCUCUGGGAGUGCCAGAAGGAAGCAGCAGCCGUCUGGGAGAUGCUGAGAAGGGAGUCCCGAAAAACCAAAUUUCAAGGCAGUUUGUUCGACCUCUGCAGCCCCAGCACGACCCAAAGCUUUGCCUGGACCCGCGUUCCCAACAUUUCCAUCCUCAGCAUCCCCCUCAUUGUCACUUGGCUGAACUUAUAAACUGCAGCUCUGUGAGUAUCCCAACAAAAGUGAUGGCAGUGUGUGGUGUGGCAUCUUUCAGAUCUAUUUUCCAAACCUUUGAGGAAUACACUGUGUGGAGCUCAAAAACUCCCAGCUUCAUCCUGCGGCUGUGAGACGUGGAAGAGCUCGGCAGCAUCUCCAGGGUGUUGAAAUUUCUCUGUAAUUGGAAUAAUUCCUGUCCCCUUCUGCCUCAAGGCACAGACACAGAUCUGGCUGUCAGGAGAUUUGGGAACUUGUAAAUACAGGGCACAGAAUCUGGGGAGAAAUGACAAAUUCUGGAAAAAGGAUGAAUGCUGGACACUUCUGCACUCUUCUAUGGUAACUGGAAGGAAACACGUUUCAUUUGCUGACUCUUUCCACCAGAUCAACUCUCCAGGGUUUUGAUUUGGGCACUCAAAACAAGAUGGGUAUUUUCCCACUGCUCCAUGAGGUGCAGGGGAUGGUGGCUGAAGGGAGACCUUACUGCCCUGUACUGGUCUUUUUUCUUUGAGGACAUGGUAAAACCCCUGCUGAACAAUAAUCACAGUUGCAUGACUUCUCUUGCACACAUCUGAAUUCCUGAGUAACUUCUGUGUUAUGUGUAAAUCCCUUUCCUAAGGGCAGAGGUGAAAAGUAUUUGGGAGAAGAGGGAGUAUCAAGCUAGGAGGACAAAAGGGAUUUUUAGCAACUCUUCUGCUUUAAAGCUUUCCCCGAGGUAUCUGUAAGCAGCUGUGGGUAGAAGUGUGUAAUUCCAGAGUAUUAAAGCUUGUUGUAGAGCCAACAGCAUGGCAGGAGUUAUUUGUCCUGGGUCUUGCUUGACAGCACAGACUCCUCUUGUCUCCUUUGUGGCUCAGAGUGUUGUCAGUUUUGCAGCUUCAGUUCAAGCAUGGAAGCAUUUGGAACAGAGAGGGGUUUGCAAGUGAUUUCUGAGUAUGUUGGAGAAACACAGUAUUAUUGGUUAGCCCAAGGCAGUCUGUGUUUUAAGAAUACUGCUGGAUCUCUGUGCCCUGCCUGGCUGCACGGGGCCAUGGGGUGUGUGCUCGCAGUGUGAGCAGGGAGACCAGGGCCCUGCCAACUGCACACAUCCCACCAGAUGCAUUCCAGGCAGCAGGCAAGCUCCUACAGCAAAGGAUCUUUCUCCUAACAGUGGUGUUGGGUCAUGCUGCUUUCCUCUGGCAUUCACGUGUUCUUCCUCUUACCUUCACUAUCCCUCAACAUUCUGUUCCUGCAGCAGCAGCAGGAGAUAAUGAAGACAUUGAGGCAAAUUCCAAGAAAUAAGCCAGGACAGAGCAGCUGGUGUUCAGACAGCACUUCAGUGCAGGAGUUGUUACUUAUGUAUUCAGUACUCAGCAUCUGGGGCACAAAGCCUUAGGGUGAGCAGUGGAGAAAGGAUAAAUCAGAGCAUGGUAAAACUGGAGUGAACCACUCAGAUGCUUCAUUUUUUUCUUCUUACUCCACACCAACAGCACUGUUUGCUGUUU